AUGGCUGGCACACCGUCCAGCUCGUCUGCACUCGGGGCGGGCGCCUCUCUCUUCGUCCUCCAACUCGGCUCUCGACUGUUCUCCUUCGCGCUGAACCAGCUGCUGUUGCGGUCGACGGCACCGCAGGCGUUCGGCAUUGCGACAAUCCAGCUCGACACGUUAAUGGCGACGGUGCUGUUCCUCGUGAGGGAGGGUAUUCGAGGGGCGGUGGUCCGAACACGACGAGGCGAGAAUGCAGACGCCGCUGUUCUCCAGCAACAAACUCUUCUCCUUCCGACCCUCUUCUCCCCUCUUGCCGCUCUCGCCUUCUUCCUCUACUCCCGCUUUGUCGUCCCGACUCCGCAUCCAGCAUACUACAGCACCACACUCGCGCUCUACGGCCUCUCGACCCUCGCGGAACUCGUCUUCGAGCCGCUCUACCUUCGCACACUGCAAGACUGGCAGACCUUCACCUCGAAACGCGUCAAAGUCGAGGGUUUCGCCAUGCUCACGAAGGCGACUGGGACCCUCGUCACUGUGCGCAUCGUGUCGGAGGACGAGGCGCUGCUCGGGUAUGGGAUCGGCCAGCUCGUCUAUUCGUUGACCAUCUGGGCGGGUUUCGCCUGGAUCUUGCGGUCUUCCACGUUGACCCAAUCACCGUCGCUCAGCCUGCGCAAAGUCGACGGGCGGUUCUUUGACCAGGGUAUCACGGAGCUCGGCUGGGUGUUGACGAAGCAAAGCGUGGUGAAGCAGCUGCUUACGGAGGCGGACAAGCUGGCGAUUGGCAGGUUCGGGAGUACGGCAGACAUGGGAGGGUAUGCGGUGGCGCUGAACUACGGCUCUCUCGUCGCCCGUCUCCUCUUCCAACCGCUCGAGGAAUCCUCCAGGCUCUACUUCUCCUCCCUCGCAUCGACAACGGUUCACGACUCCGCGUCGCCAGAAGCCGCGUCGUCCUCCGCCGAAUCCACACCGAAACCUGCCGGGCCUCCGCUUUCCGCCCUCGCCUCGGCCGCCUCCUACCUCCGCCUCCUGCUCCUCUUCUACACCCAUCUCACGCUCAUCUUCAUCUUCUUCGCUCCCGCCUACACCACUCCCCUCCUGCACCUCCUCCUCGGCCCACGCUGGUCACGCACCUCCGCCUCGCCCAUCCUGCGCACCUACGCCCUCUCCCUCCCCUUCCUAGCCUUCAACGGCUUAACCGAAGCCUUCUUCCAAUCCGUCGCUCCAGCGCACUGGAUCCAGCGGGGCGCGGCAUGGAUGGUCAUUUGCGCGGCGGGCUUUGCGGUGAGUGUCUGGGUCACGAUUGGGAGGUGGGGAAUGGGAGCGGAGGGGUUGGUGGUGGCGAAUUGUGUGAAUAUGGCGAUGAGGAUGGCAUUUUCGACGGUGUUUAUGGUGCGGUACUUCGGGGACGCGUUGCGGCAGGAUGAGAAGGGGAAGACGGGCGAAGCUGAGGGUGAGGAGCCUGGGCAGGGUCGGCAGAAGGAGCGUCGACGAACUGCCGACAACCUCGACUGGCGAGCAUGGACGCCGUCAUUCGCCACGGUCGUCGUGUUCGUCGUCGGAGGGAUCGUCUGCCGAAGGAGCGAAGACGUCUGGACGGAGCAGGUCAUGCUUGGGCAGAGCGUUGGCGGUCGGAAGGGCGACUUGCUGGAGACGGGCAAGCACUUUGCGGUGGGUGCGGUCGCGGGGUUGAUUGGGUUGGCGACAAUCUUUGUCUCACACCGAACGGAGAUCCGCCAGGCGCUAGCAACUCAACGAGAUCGGCGGAAGGCGGAGUGA